AUGACUUCAGAUUUCAGAGCCGUUCACCCCGCUGCGGGUGAGGAACAGGGUCCUCAUGAGCCUCGAUACGUCGACUUCCCCAUUGCACCAGACGACGCGAAAUGGGAGGAUGGGCAGCCGGUUCUCAACAAAUAUUCCACCUUUCUCACAAGAGAACAUGACUUUCCAGGAGCAAAGGCCAUGCUGUAUGCAGCGGGAGUCCCCAAUGAGGAGAUGAUGCAGAGGAGUCCACAAGUUGGUGUUGCUUCUGUGUGGUGGGAGGGCAAUCCAUGCAAUAUGCAUCUUCUCGAUCUGGGAAAGACAGUUAAGGCAGCCAUUCAGAAGAAGGGGUACAUCGCCUGGCAGUACAGCACACUGGGUGUAUCCGAUGGUAUUGCUCAGGGAAAUGAGGGCAUGCGCUUCUCCCUCCAAUCUCGUGAGCUUAUCGCGGACAACAUUGAGACCAUCACUUGCGCGCAAGCUCACGACGCGACCGUCGCCAUCCCAGGAUGCGACAAGAAUAUGCCUGGCUGUGUGAUGGCAGUAGCCAGGCAUAACCGCCCCUCAGUGAUUGUCUACGGUGGCACCGUUAAGGGCGGCUACUGCGAAGUCCUGAAAAAGCCCAUCGACAUCGUCACCUGUUACGAAGCCCAAGGAGCUUACUUGUUCGGAACUCUGGGGUCCUGGACGGAUGACAAGUCCGUGACUCCAGAGCAGAUCCUCUCCUCGAUAGAGAAGGGCGCUGUGCCGGGACCUGGCGCUUGCGGUGGCAUGUACACCGCGAACAGUCUGGCUACCAUCAUUGAGACUCUCGGUCUGUCCGUUACGGGUUCGUCGAGUACACCGGCUUCGUCGCCGACUAAGAUGAGGGAAGCGGAGAAGGUUGCCGAUGCCAUCGAGGUCUGCUUGCGUCGGAACAUUCGUCCCAGGGACAUCCUCACCAAGGAGUCCUUCGAGAACGCGCUCGUCACCACCAUGGCCCUCGGAGGCUCUACCAACUCUGUUCUGCACACUCUUGCCAUGGCUAGAGCAGCGCAGGUCCCUCUCGACUUGGAAGACUUCCAGCGCGUUUCCCGGAAGACUCCGUUCAUCGCGAAUCUGAAGCCUAGCGGAAAGUACGUUAUCGAGGAUCUCUUCCACAUUGGUGGAGUUCCCUCAGUAACGAAGCUUCUUAUCGCAGGAGGUCUGUUGAACGGAAAGACGCUCACGGUUACUGGCAAGACCCUCGAGGAGAACGUGGCUUCCUGGCCGUCUCUGCCCGCUGAACAAGACAUCAUCAGGCCUCUAUCAAACCCCAUCAAGCCAGCUGGACAUCUCGUCGUUCUGCACGGCAACAUCGCGCCAGGCGGAGCAGUGGCCAAGAUCACGGGUAAGGAGGGCCUUCGAUUUCAAGGAGAGGCGCGCGUCUUCAACAAAGAAUCCGAGUUAGUUCAAGAGCUGAAUGCCGGCAACAUCCCGAGAGACAGGAACAUCGUCCUGGUUGUCCGGUACGAAGGCCCCAAAGGCGGACCUGGCAUGCCGGAGCAACUGAAGGCAUCAGCAACUCUCAUCGGAGCCAACCUCAAGAACGUCGCACUAAUCACUGACGGUCGGUACUCCGGAGCUAGUCACGGUUUCAUUGUGGGCCACAUCGUUCCCGAAGCCGCGGUAGGAGGACCCAUCGCUGUCAUUAACGAUGGCGACGUCAUCACCAUCGACGCGGAGUCGUGUACUAUCAGCAUGAAUCUGAGCGAUGAGGAGAUCAAGCAGAGGCUGGUUGGAUGGAAACCGCCCAAGCCUCCUGUGACGAGGGGUACUCUGGCCAAGUAUGCUCACUUGGUUGCGAGUGCAUCAGAUGGUGCUGUCACCGAUUUGUUUUGA